AUGUUCUUAUCCGGCAAGUCUCAUCUCAUGUUGCCGAAGCUCCACGAGAGGUACGGGCCAGUUGUGCGGCUUGCGCCAAACGAAUUAUCGUUCACUGUACCUGAGGCUUGGGAGGACAUAUUUGGACGGGCGCAACCUGGAAAAAGGGACGAGAAUCAGAAGGCGCCUUGGUAUCUCAGCCCCGGUGGUUCAGGAAUCCUUGGUGCAGCCCAUGCCGAUCAUGCGCGCAUGCGCAGGCUCAUGUCCAAUGGCUUCUCAACGGGCGCAAUGAUUGAGCAGCAACCGAAGAUUCGGGAGCACGUGGACACCUUGAUCGAGCGCUUGAGGCGCAAGGCUACCACAAGUGAUGUCCCUGUCGAUCUCCGUGAUUGGUACAAUUAUUGUACGUUCGACAUCAUCGGCGAGCUCGCCCUGGGUGAACCAUUUGGCUGUCUCCGGGAGUCGGCCAUGCAUCCCUGGAUAUCCCUCAUUUUCUCCAACAUCAGACUCACAGCCAUCUUGUUGGUCUGCAAGCGCCUACCUCUACUAUUCGCUUUGAUGCCGUUUUUUAUCUCCAUCAAAUUGGUUCGACAAUUCAUGGAACACCAGAAGAUAUCUAACGAGAAAGUGGAACGGCGCUUGGCUCUGCCGGACGCAAAGCCAGAUUUCGUGGCAAAUAUGCUAUCUGUGAGGGGCGGUCAAAGCAUGAGCCGACGAGAGCUAAACGAAAACGCGGUGAUCCUGACUCUCGCGGGGUCCGAGACUACGGCUAGUGCUCUGUGUGGAGCGACCUAUCUUUUGAUGCAGCAUCCGAGAUGCAUACAGAAGCUGAGGGAUGAAUUGCAAUGUUAUUUCAAAAGCGAAGGUGAGAUGGACCUCGUCGCUGUGACGAAGUUGCCGUACCUAUGCGCUGUUACCGAUGAGGCGCUACGCAUCUAUCCGCCUGGACCCAAUUCUCAGCCACGAAUCACACCUACCGGAGGUAACACUGUGCUCGGGCACAGACUUCCGAAAGGUGUGGUCCUUGGUGUGCCUCACCGAGCGAUGUAUCUGAGCGAGAAUAACUUCUACCGAGCUCAUGAAUUUGUACCUGAACGUUGGCUCGGGGCAGCAGGAUUUGAAAAUGAUCGCAAGGACGCAUUCAAACCGUUCUCCCAUGGGCCACGAAAUUGUAUUGGCACAAAUCUGGCAUAUGCAGAGUUCCGACUUAUCCUGGCCCGUAUGAUCUGGAAUUUCGAUUUCGCAUUGGCAGAGCACAGCAGGAAUUGGAUGGAACAACAUCUUUCCUAUUUGAUAUGGCAGAAACCUCCCCUGUAUGUCCAUCUCCGACCUCGCGAUAACCCUCCGGCACGUGUGCGGAUGACCGAGUUCCGGCCCCUCGUGGUAUAUUGA